AUGGCCGCUGAACAACGUCGUGUCGGUCCACCCUGUGAUGAGGAUGUUUGCGGACUCCAACUUCAGGAACUACCACUGACAACUGGCAACGGCAUCAUCUUAUGCGACGUAUCCACCCUUUCCCAUCGUCCAUUUGUGCCGCCAUCUCUCCGCCGCAAAGUUUUCUCCUCCCUGCACAAUCUGUCUCACCCUGGGAGUCGAGCAACCGACAAGCUGGUUUCCGACUGCUUCGUCUGGCCUGGUAUGCAGAAGGACCUCAAGGCAUGGACACGGGCCUGUAUCGCCUGCCAACGGAGUAAGAUCCAGCGGCUCAACAAGGCCCCCAUUGGCACCUUCCCUGGCCCUGGUGCAAGGUUCAGCCACGUUCACCUGGACAUUGUAGGUCUCCCGCCUCUGUGCAAUGGUUGUUCCCAUCUCUUCACCUGUGUGGAUCGGUUCACUCGGUGGCCCGAAGCAAUUCCCCUGCCUGACAUUGCUGCUCCAACGGUGGUCAAGGCUUUUCUCAGUCGUUGGGUUGCUAUCUUUGGUGCACCCUCCACAAUCACGACUGACCGUGGUGCCCAGUUUGAGUCUAAUCUCUUCCAGUCUUUACUCUCCUUUUUAGGCUGUACUCGCAUCCGCACUACAGCCUAUAACCCGGCAGCCAACGGGAUGGUCGAGCGGUUUCACCGCCAGCUGAAGGCCUCCCUACGCGCCACGGCCGAUCCGGAGAACUGGACAGACCACCUUCCCCUGGUUCUCUUGGGCAUCCGCUCCGCUCUGAAGCCGGACCUUGAUUGUUCCGCAGCUGAACUGGUGUUCGGUGCCACCGUCCGACUCCCCGGUGAGAUGAUCUCGCCAACCCCGCGAGGUGCAGUUGAGGAUCCCACCAACCUCCUGCUUCGCCUCCGGCAGUUUAUGCGGACACCUUCUCUGGUUCCUCCCAGGUCCUACGCCUCUCCGUCUCAUCUCGAAAAGGACUUGGCAACGUGCUCUCACGUCUAUCUCCGAUGUGAUCGAGUCCGCCGGCUCCUGGAACCACCCUACGAUGGCCCCUUCCGAGUUAUCUCUCGUGGGACGAAGAAAUUCCGCAUCCAACGCGGCACUCGCGAGGUCUUGAGCGUGGACCGCCUCAAAGCUGCCGUCCCGGACACUCCUCCGGAUGAGCCCUGUGGUCCCCUACCCUCUGUUCCGCCUCCCCGACCCUCUAUCCCUCCGUCCCGUAUACUUCCUCUGCCCUCAUGUCCACAACCCCCAACUGCAACUACCCCUUCAUCAACAAACAACACUGUAACCGCGAGCCACACUCACUCUACUCCUGUGCCCCCUUGUAUAUAUCACCCGUAG